AUGCGGCAGGCAGGACUCACCUUCAUGGCUGUGGCUGUCUGUGUGGCUUUUCGAACCUCAGAAGCCAUACUUCCCAUAGCUUCCAGCUGUUGCACUGAAGUUUCCCAUCAUAUUUCCAGGAGGCUUCUGGAAAGAGUGAAUUCCUGCAGCAUCCAGAGAGCUGACGGGGACUGUGAUUUGGCUGCUAUCAUCCUCCAUGUUAAACGCAGAAGGAUCUGCGUCAGCCCGCACAAUCGUACUCUGAAGCGCUGGAUGAGAGCCUCGGAGGCGAAGAAGGACGGCAAAGGAAAUCCCUGCCAUAAGAAGCGGCACGGCAGGAGGGCCCGAAAGAGUCACACCCGGAGAAAGCAUGGAACCCAGGGCCCCAAAGCUCCUCAUUAG